UUUUGAUGCCAAGAAUGCUGAACUUGCUGAAAGUGUGAUUGAGUUUUUACGUGCUGAAGAAAGGAGAAUCACCAUAGUGUGAACACUAACUAAGCAUUCAUACUACAGCCUCUGAUCUGCUUAUGAAACAUGCACGCUGUUGGUCCCGCCGCUCCAGCCGGCCUCAGCUCCACUCCGGGGUUUGCAGCUGCCGUCCUCCUGCUGUCAAUGAACAUCCAGCGCCUCCUCUCCUCUCCAGGCUCCGCUCUACGUCCUUCCAUCGCUCCGCCUCUUCUUCUCCUCUCUCCCUCUCCUCCAAUCUACUUUGCCUCUCUCUGUCAUUGCAUCCAUUUUUUUUUUUUUUUUGCAUUGAAGAAAUCUCCAAGAAUUAGGCUGUACGGAGCUAAAGAGAGCGACGGAGGAGGGUUAAGGGCUCCUAAGGAAAGCAAACAAGGGCGGACGGGACAUCUUUGACUCCAUCAUGCCAGUAUAAGGAUGGCAGCGAUGGGUUAGGCGGGAUUUACCAUGACUGCAAAAUAAAAGCCGCCGUGUGUGAAAGAUGUCUGCCCCACAUGGGCCCCGGGGUGGCCCAGGGCCUGCCGCCGCCGCCGCUGCUCCCUCAGCCGGCGCCAUGCCGGAGAUGCCGGACCUCAGCCACCUCACCGAGGAGGAGAGGAGGAUCAUCCUGGGCGUCAUGGACCGCCAGAAGAAGGAGGAGGCGAAGGAGCAGUCAAUGCUGAAGGUCAAAGAAGAACCAAAGCCUCAGCCAGCACAGUGGUUUAGUGGGAUCACUGAGCUGGUAAAUAAUGUUCUUCAGCCCCAGCAAAAGCCCCAAAAUGACAAGGAGCCAGAGGCAGACACGAAGUUACACCAGCAGUUUGAGUCCUACAAGGACCAGGUCAAGAAGAUGGGGGAGGAGACUAAGCCGACUCAGGACCAGAAGAGUGAAGCCCCGACCUGCGGGAUCUGCCACAAAACCAAGUUUGCAGACGGCUGCGGUCACCUUUGUUCAUAUUGCCAAACGAAAUUCUGUGCUCGAUGCGGAGGACGAGUGUCUCUGCGGUCAAAUAAGGUUAUGUGGGUAUGCAACUUGUGCCGAAAACAACAAGAAAUCCUCACCAAAUCGGGGGAAUGGUUCUAUAGCUCAGGACCGGGUCAAGUGCGGGGCGUGUUUGAGGGUGGGCCACAGGGGAAAAAGGCCAAACUGCAGGACCCGGCUCUGUACCCCCACCAGGGAGCCCCCGGCGACUUGAGACCAUCUUCAGACAGAAGCAGACCUCACGGUGGGCUUCUGCCCAGACAGGCGUCCCUUGACAACGAUACAGGGCUACGGUACUCUGGACCUGGCGACCCAUCCCUGGACAGGAAACAGAGUCCAUCUGCAUCCAGGGAUCCAAACCAAAAAUACGACCAAAGGGAGGGGGGCAACCACCCUCAGUAUGCCCCGGCAGACGGCGGCAUGCCCAGAUCACCGUCCGAUUAUGGGGAUAGAGACUCCCGAGGCCCACACAUGUAUCCAGACGUGGACGCAAUGCGGAUGGGCUUCCGAGACCGGCGGGGGCCCGGCCGCUGGCACUCACAGGAAUAUCCACUCGACCAAGAAAUAGAUGGACCCCCAACCGAGUAUGACCUCCAGCGGCAGCGGCAGGAGGAAUACCAGGCGCGGUAUCGCAGUGAUCCCAACCUGGCACGCUAUCCUGUCAAGCCUCAGCCCUACGAGGAGCAGAUGAGAAUGCACGCCGAAGUGGGCCGGCUAAGACACGAGCGGCGGCACAGUGAUGUCUCUCUAGCUUACACGGAGCAGGAUGACCCCGGCCCCAUCCGUCUGUCCCGCCAGCAUCUCACCGAGCGCCGGCCGCCCAUGGUGGGACAGCGCUCGUACUCCGUUGACCGAUCCUCACCGGGACCGAUGGGUCCUAGCCUUGGAAGCCACAGAACCUCCAACCACAGCCCCCCAACUCCACAUCGCAGUCCUGUCCUGGGUGAGCGGCCAGACCUGCGGAGAGGAGACUUUGGUGGAGACGCCAUGAGGAGGCAGCAGCACCACCUGGACCCCAGUUCAGCCGUCCGCAAGACCAAACGGGAGAAGAUGGAGAGCAUGCUAAGGAACGACUCUCUGAGCUCUGACCAGUCAGAGUCAGUGCGGCCCCCACCCCCAAAGCCCCACAAAACCAAAAAGGGAGGGAAGAUGAGGCAGGUGUCACUGAGCAGCUCAGAGGAGGAGCUGGCCACCACGCCGGAGUACACGAGCUGUGAGGAUGUGGAGAUAGAGAGUGAGUCAGUCAGUGAGAAAGGGGAGAGUCAAAGGGGAAAAAGAAAAACUAUUGAGCAGGCAUUUAUGUCUGAGCCGACACACACCUUAUCUGAGAGGCAAAAGAAAAUGGUGCGCUUUGGGGGACACUCAUUUGAAGAGGACUUGGCAUGGUGUGAACCACAGGUUAAAGACUCUGGAGUUGAUACGUGCAGUAGCACUACCCUAAACGAGGAGCAUAGCCAUAGUGAGAAGCACCCAGUGACAUGGCAGCCAUCCAAAGAUGGAGAUCGUCUUAUAGGCCGUAUUUUGCUCAACAAGCGUAUGAAAGAUGGAAGCGUGCCUCGUGACUCAGGAGCUCUGCUUGGUCUGAAGGUGGUGGGAGGCAAGAUGACAGAAUCUGGCAGGCUUUGUGCUUUCAUCACUAAAGUGAGGAAAGGAAGUCUAGCAGAUACUGUGGGACACCUUAGACCAGGAGAUCAGGUGCUGGAAUGGAACGGCAAGCUCUUACAAGGAGCAACAUUUAAAGAAGUUUACAAUAUUAUCCUAGAAUCGAAGCCGGAGCCACAGGUGGAGCUGGUGGUGUCACGGCCUAUAGGAGAUAUUCCAAGGAUACCCGACAGCACACACGCACAACUGGAGUCAAGUUCGAGUUCUUUUGAGUCUCAGAAGAUGGACCGUCCAUCAAUCUCCGUCACAUCCCCUAUGAGUCCUAGUAUGCUGCGGGACGCGCCCCAGUACCUGUCAGGACAGCUCUCAAGCCAAAGCCUUAGUAGAAGAACAACGCCUUUUGCUCCUAGGGUCCAGGUCAAACUGUGGUAUGACAAAGUAGGCCACCAGCUUAUAGUCACCAUUCUGGGCGCCAAGGACCUGCCGCCCAGGGAAGAUGGUCGGCCCAGGAACCCUUAUGUCAAAAUUUACUUUCUCCCUGACAGAAGUUUGAAUUAUUGUUCCUCCAGUGACAAAAGCAAACGGAGAACAAAAACAGUAAAGAAAUCCUUAGAGCCCAAGUGGAAUCAGACCUUUAUGUACUCGCCGGUGCACCGGCGGGAGUUUCGGGAACGCAUGCUGGAGAUCACGCUAUGGGACCAGGCAAGAGUGAGGGAGGAGGAGAGCGAAUUCCUGGGAGAGAUCCUCAUAGAGUUGGAGACAGCCCUUCUGGACGAUGAACCCCACUGGUACAAGCUACAGACCCACGACGUGUCCUCCAUCCCACUUCCUCGUGCCUCCCCAAAUUCACAACGCCGGCAGCUCCAUGGAGAGAGUCCAACGCGCCGUCUGCAGAACAAAGACUCAUUUUCAUACAACUCAGGAUCCCAGAGGAUAAGUGACAGCGAGAUUUCAGACUUUGACUGUGAAGAUGGUGUCGGAGUUAUAACAGACUAUCGGCCAAAUGGAAGAGACUUCCAGAGCUCCACGUUGUCUGUGCCUGAGCAGGUCAUGUCAUCCAACCAUUGCUCCCGGUCGGCUGACAUAGCCAGGGCGCGGUCCCGUUCACCCAGCGUCCCCCCACCAUCCAGCCGUGACCGUCGUGUGUACCCGCUCUGCAGAGAGGAUGCAGUCAGGUUACUGCGUUCCACUAGGAUGUCCCGGGCCCAUUCUGAGGCCUCCUACUCCUCUGAUUAUGACUACGAGAGGAACCACGGAGCCAUGGAUAGACACGAGUAUCACAGCAGAUCCCGCUCUGCAGACCAGCGGCCCGUUAUAGAGCGCCUCGCGCCGCGCUCGCGCUCUACUGAACGCCCCCACGACUCUUCCAUCAUGAGGUCGAUGCCAUCGCUGCCGUCUGGGAGGUCCGCACCCCCCUCUCCUGCCAUGACGAGAGCGCAUCCUCGUAGUGGAUCGGUCCAGAUCAGCCCAACUGGUACCCCCAUGUCCAGUAGGCGAGGGCGGCAACUCCCACAGCUUCCACCCACAGGAAUGGACAGAGGUAUGGACAUGGACGAGAGGACCAGGCAGAUGAGAAUGAAGAUGAACAAGUACAAGCAGGGAGCGGGCUCUGAUUCCAGACUUGAACAGGACUAUCACAAGCGCGCCGGCAGAGAUGCUCGAGGCUCAGACAACCUUUCAGUCAGGUCGUCGGACAGUGAUGUAAGUGACGUGUCCGCUGCAUCGAGAACCAGUAGUGCCUCUCGGUUCAGCAGCACGAGCUACAUGUCUGUCCAGUCGGAGAGGCCGCAGGGAAACCGCAAGAUCCGUGACUUUGCAUCCAAAAUGAAAAACAGGCAAAUGGGCACAUCCAGUGGCGUGAACAUGACCAAGAGCACAAGCAUCAGCGGCGACAUGUGCAACCUGGAGAAGACGGACGGCAGUCAGUCCGACACGGCGGUGGGCACGGUAGGCACAGACGAGAAGAAGAGGCGCUCCAGCAUUGGUGCCAAAAUGCAGGCCAUGGUUGGCAUCUCGCGCAAGAGCCGGAGCACCUCUCAGCUCAGCCAAACAGAAGCGGGAGGUAAGAAGCUGCGCAGCACCAUCCAGAGGAGCACAGAGACGGGGCUGGCGGUGGAGAUGAGGAGCAGGAUGACUCGGCAGGCCAGCCGGGAGUCCACCGAUGGAAGCAUGAACAGUUACAGCUCAGAGGGAAACCUCAUCUUCCCAGGCGUGAGGCUGUCCUCUGACGCUCAGUUCAGUGACUUCCUGGACGGCCUUGGCCCCGCCCAGCUGGUUGGACGCCAGACACUAGCUACUCCACCUAUGGGAGACAUCCAGAUUGGUAUGGUAGAGAAGAAAGGAGCCCUGGAGGUGGAGAUCAUUAGAGCGCGUAGUCUUGUGGGAAAACCAGGUUCCAAGGCACUGCCAGCACCAUAUGUAAAGGUCUACCUUUUGGAAAAUGGGGUCUGCAUAGCCAAAAAGAAAACGAAAGUAGCAAGAAAAACCUUGGAUCCUCUUUACCAGCAACAACUGCCCUUUGAGGAAAGUCCAGGAGGGAAAGUUUUGCAGGUGAUCGUAUGGGGGGACUAUGGGCGUAUGGACCAUAAAUCCUUCAUGGGAGCAGUUCAGAUACUGUUAGACGAGCUGGACCUGUCCAACAUGGUGAUUGGCUGGUACAAGCUCUUCCCUCCCUCCUCACUGGUGGACCCAACUCUAGCCCCACUGACAAGAAGAGCUUCCCAAUCUUCACUGGACAGCUUCUCUCGGUCAUAGCAGCGUGUGGACUGACAGCAUUGUUGUAGCAGCCAGUGUCGCAGUCACAGGUCACGACCCCCGGUUAAACUGCAUGCUUGAUGUUGUGUCUUCUGAGCCUGUUUCUCGGGGUGCAAACGUGAUCCUGUGUUUUGAGCAAAAACGGCGCGCACUUUGUGCACGUGGCAAAAUGCGUCGCAAGCGCAUGGCGGCAGGGAAUGCCAGGCGUUGUUGCUACUUGGAGGAAGCUGGAAUGAACUCCUUAGCACGAGGAAUCCAUCCGUUCCAGGCCUUCUUCCAAUUCGAAGCCAUGGGGGUCCACACUGGGAACCACUAAACGGGUUUCACAAAGACCCUUUUUGAAUGAAAAAAUCAACAUGUCGCUUUGAUUUUUUUUUUUCAUUUGUAUUGUUUAUUUAUUUUUCUUUGAAUGUCAAUCUGUCUGUGUCUAAAGGGGAUGGCCGUUUUUCUAACGCUUGGUCACGCCACGCCAACAGACCUCGCUGCGGUGUUGAGCCCCGCCCGUUUGCGUGGGGCGCUUUCAACACUCCUUCAAAAACACUCCGGCAUCUUCUGCCUCGAUGUGUGGAUCAACCUGCGCUGAUAAAUCACCUUAAUCAGGGACAAUACUGAAGUGACAGCCGUCAACCCUCCAGAGAUUAUUCAGCAACAAUCCAGACCCCAGAAGAAAAUGUACAAUCCUUUAUUUGUUAAUAUAAUGUAUGAAAAUAAAAUAAGAACUAUUUUUUCUUUUUAGUUUUUUUGCAUGGGCACAAAUUUAGCAAAUUAAAAAAAAAUAUUUUCUUGAGGCUGCAUAUUGCAAAAAAGAAAAGAAAAAAUGAAACAGAUCAGCCACUUUCAAGAAUUUAUAUUAUUUUUAAAGAAAAGAUUUCUCUAGUGCAUGGUUUUCAAGGGGAGUGAAUGCAAUAUUGUGAUAAAAAAAUAAAAAAAACAUUGUUUAUCCUUCUUUAGACCAUCGGUGAGUCUGUGUUUUACAGACGUGCAGAUAAGAAAAACUUAAGAGAAUCUUUUCAGAAAAAGAAGUUUAUGUGGCAGAAAAGAAUAAAGGACAUAAAUGUAAAUGAUUUAUUUCAUUGUCAAAACUCCAACCUUAAAUCGAUAAACAUCAUGUGCAAAUUGUACGUUUCUCUUCUUCUUCUUCCUCGUCCCAGGGUACUUCUCAUGGUAGUAUUCAUCCAUCGGUCCCUGAUAUCGCCCAGAUUUGAGGACUUUCGGUCACUUUACAGUUCAGGAUUGCUUUGUUAUGUAUUUUUAUUUUGAAUUUGACUUAUUUUAACAAGCAUGUUGAAAGGUAUUUUCUGCAACAUGUCUUGGGCACACCUUACAGUAACUCAGCAUGUUUUGAUAAAGAAGAUAUUUGGAAUUUUUGCAGUUUCUUGUACAGUGCAUGUCAACUUUAUUACUUUUCCCCUCACAUUACACCAAGCAGCAAAGUGGGUCUUCCUCGGCCAUUUAUGGAGGUUCAAAAGAAAAAAAACAAGAAAAGGAAAACAACAUUCCACCCCGCCCCUCUCCCCCUCCCUCCCAAAGUCAUAUUUUCUUUCAGGUUUUGGGGGGAAAAAAAGGGAAUAAUAUUUUCUAUACCUAAAGGAUGUUGGCUACACAGUUGUAACUGCAAGUUUAUUUUAUUUCAGUAUUGUUGAUGAACAUGCAAAAACAAUUUGUACUGGUACACCUAAUCAUGCAGCAACAAACAUGCAAGAGUUGUGUGUUGCUGUGGUUCAAUUUUAUAGGCAGUCUGGAUGAGCAGAAUAAACGUUCAAACGACGCAGGAGAUUGCCACAGAAAACCUUUUUCCUUGUUUUAACGGAAAUGAAAUUAAUUUACUAUAUUUUUGUUAGUUUUAUUUAAAAGCCAAGACCAGUUUAUUUUUUAUUUGUGAUUAAAAACACUUCUCAUGUUUGAGAAGGAUGAAUCUUAUAAUUGCAGUAUGUCUGAAUGAAACUGAACCGAGGCAUUAUUCCAUUUCCACACGAGAACGAUGCAUUUCAAUAUGGAAUACAAGGAAACUUUAUCAUCCAGAGGACCGUUUAUAUUUGAAUUCCUAUUGUACAUAACUAUAGAUGUCAGAAUUUGAAUAAACCAACAAGCAGAAGCAGAUUUCUAGACUCUUCUGGAAGUGGAAAAAUGCCUCCUGAUGACAAAGACAUAUGUUAUUUAUCCCUUUGAAUGCCUUUUCAUUUUCUCUUUUUGGUGCAAUGUGUUAAUGCCAAGGCUAUGUCUUGGUUAAGUAUGGUUGAGUACAGAGAUUUAUGUAAGUUAUUUUUCAAAUUAAGAAUAAAAAAAUUGAUAUUACAUUGAU